CUCACUGUCAGGGGCCCAGGUUUGAUCCCUGGUUGGGGAACUAACAUCCCACAAGCUGCACGGCGUGGCGAAAAAAAAAAAAAUGUGUUCCUGGAGCUCACCUUCAGUGAUUGAUCAAGGUCUGGAGUGGGCCUGGGCAUCUACCUUUUAAACACUCCUCAUUUGAGCCUGGAGACACUUGUGAAACUAAUCUGAGAGGAAAUUUCAGCCAUUUCCUUCAAACUGGAGGCCUGGUUCCCUGUCCAGCCUGAUGGGGGGUGAGGAUGAGGGGGUCUGAGAGGAGAGAACCCUCAUUCUCUCCUGACUUAUUCUGCCCUCUCCCCAUCUCAGGAUUUAUUCAUGUUCUAUCCCUCUCCUUAACCUCAGGAACAAGUGGUUAUUAACUAUGAAGCAGAAGUAAUCACAGGAUGUCAAACAGAGCAAAGGAGUGGCAGAGGUCUAAGGGAGGGAAGUGAGGAAAGCGUGUGGAACACUACAGGGGAUAUUUUUUCGAGGGCAGGGGAUGCCGUUGACAGGUUUCUUCCAGUACCUAAGACCAGGAGUUAGUGAGGAUCACCUACUUACUGUGUGUCCAGCACUGCAUUUUGGUAAGUGGAAAAGAUUGGGAGUAAGCUGUGCUUUCUAAGGGCCAGGAGCCCUCUUCCCUCCCUCCACUGCCCUCAAGAUCCUUUCCAAUUUCACUGUCUCUGGCACUAGUGGGUUUUUUAAUGUAUCAACUGCUCCUUCAUCUGUAGGUCUUCCGGGCAUCUGCCUUUGGCUUCAGGAGCAUAGGGCAGGAGGUCUAGCCCGGUAUAUAUUGCACAUAACCAUCUCCCCAACCUAUCUGCAUAAAGAGACCAGUCUUCUGUCCUGAAGAUGUUUAGCAGUUUAAGAUUCUCUCCAGUCUCUACCUAAUAUAAUCAUGGGCUUGAGGAAGACUAAAAGGAAGCCAAAACUCAUAAAGGAACCCCUGGCUUGGAUUGUAGGGGAUGGUGUGGGUUUGCAAAUAGAUGGGUCUGUGAGGCCGCAGGGUGUCGCCAGAGUAAGGACGGCACAGGAGCGCGCACGGCACCAGGAACUACAGUUCCCAGGAGGCCUUGCGCGGACGCCCGGGAGCGGGGCUACCCUAGGGUGGGGCCUGUGGACUGCGGCGUGUGGGGAGCUAUCGCGGCUCGGAUGGCCGGGCAGGUGAAGGACCGCGAGGCCUUCCAGAGGCUCAGCUUCCUGUACCAGGCUGCCCACUGCGUCCUCGCGCAGGACCCCGAGAACCAGGCACUGGCGAGGUUUUACUGCCACACGGAGAGGACCAUAGCGAAGCGGCUCGUAUUGCGGCGGGACCCUUCGGUGAAGAGGACCCUCUGUCGCGGCUGCUGUUCCCUCCUCAUCCCGGGCCUGACCUGCACCCAGCGCCAGAGACGCUGCAAGGCUCAGCGCUGGACUGUACAGACCUGCCUGACAUGCCAGCGCAGCCAACGGUUCCUCAACGAUCCUAGGCAUCUGCUCUGGGGAGACCGGCCUGAGGCCCAGCUGGGGAGCCAGGCAGGUGAGAGAUCCCAAACCACCACAACCCCUGCCAAACACAACCCACCGCAUUCCAGCCCACCUUCCUGAGGAGAAAGUGCAGCCUCAGAGUUCCAAUCGCCAGUGAUGGAUUCACCCCGUCUUCCAAAUAAAUUUUAAUUCUCUUUAA